GCCAAUUGUUAUCGAUUUCCCCAACAUUCAGGCCCCAUUAUCUAUCCUUCCUUUGGGCCACGAUUACGAUAUCUGGCACUCGCGUAUCUUUCCGAUAUCGCCCAUGUCUGUUGGACAAUUUAAAAACGGUAGCCCAUCUGGACGACCAGUCCAAUCGAACGACAGUAAGCGACGCGAGUACGCGAUAAAAUCACAGCAAAUCAAAGCUCCUCUCGGAUAACAUUAUCCGAUUUUUAUUACUUGUAAAUUGAAACAAAAAAAAGAUUUUUAAAUGGGUUGUCUAUCGGGAAUAGUCAACUUUAUUUUAUAUAUUGUUAAUGUCGUGUUUUUGAUCGUUGGCAUCCUUCUGAUCGUGCUGGGCUCCAUUAUGUUGUCCGAUCUCAGUCACUUCGAUCGUGCUGAUGGGACAAAUCCUGACACAAUCCCCAUUUGCAUCACCGUCUUGGGGUGCCUGAUCUUCGUGGUGUCCUUCUUCGGCUGCUAUGGCAUUUUCAGGCAGAGCGCCUGCAUGACGGGAGCGUACACCAGCAUGGUUUUCAUCCUCUUCAUCCUGCAACUGGUGCUCACCUGUUGGGUGUUCGUGAACCGAUCUGCAUUCCUGAGCGACAUGCGCAAUUUGGUAAGCACGCUGUGGAACGCAAGGGAGUAUACUGCCAUUGGGGUGCUGGAGGAAACCUUCGGCUGCUGCGGCAACACCGGCUACUCCAACUAUAAUGCUAUCGGCCUAUCUGUUCCCGGAACCUGCUGCGGCUACUUGGAUAGCCAGCAAACGUGCAGCACUCCUUCAGUCUAUUCAUCGAAGCCCGGUUGCAAUGACAAGUUCGAGGAGUUUUGGAACGACAACAUGGACAUCAUUCGCUGGUCCGGCCUUGGCCUAUGCAUUUUCGACCUGAUCGUCUUCCUAAUCGCCGGCGCCCUUACCAACUGUAUGCGCACCCAGGGCGCCGGAGGACAGGGUUAUGCCUAGGUUUUGAAUAACAACGCUCAAUAAAUCAUUUCUAGCACAAUAUUUAUGGUAAACGCAGUAGCAAGACGUUUAUAUCUAAAAUUCUUCCCAUUCCAAGUAUUCUUCAAUAUUAUCAAUAUAGUUUUGAUUUCGAACUAAG